GAGGCAGCAGCGCGUGAGCCGAUGCGCUGUGACCACCGAGCGAAGCCCCUGCUUGACUAUAUCUGCCCACGGUGUGAAUCUGGUUUUAUUGAAGAACUUCCCGAAGAGCCAAGGAAUGCUGACAAUGAGACCAGCUCCUCUACGUCAACCGGUGAUCAGAGCAGGCAUCCCUUUGAGAACGUGGAUCAGCACUUAUUCACCUUGCCGCAGGGCUAUGGCCAAUUUGCCUUCGGGAUUUUUGACGACAGCUUUGAGUUUCCGUUCGGGUCCAAUGUGCAGUCAGAAGACAACAGGGAUUCCGAGAACCGGAGGGAGCGAGAGCAUCAGUCUCGGCAUCGAUACGGUGCGCGGCAGCCCCGAGCCCGUCUCGCCACACGCCGUGCCGCUGGCAGGCACGAGGGAGUUCCCACGCUAGAAGGAAUUAUCCAGCAGCUGGUCAAUGGAAUUAUUGCACCUACAACAAUACCAAACCUAGGACUAGGUCCUUGGGGAGUCUUGCAUUCAAAUCCGAUGGACUACGCCUGGGGUGCCAACGGCUUGGAUGCGAUCAUUACACAGUUACUAAAUCAGUUUGAAAACACUGGACCGCCGCCAGCAGACAAAGAAAAGAUCCAGGCCCUCCCCACCAUACAGAUCGCACAGGAACACGUAGACUCUGGGUUAGAGUGUCCUGUGUGUAAAGAAGACUACACGGUCGGUGAAAAUGUCCGACAGUUACCUUGCAAUCACCUCUUCCACAACAGCUGUAUAGUCCCUUGGCUGGAACAGCAUGACACGUGUCCCGUGUGCCGGAAAAGCUUAAGUGGACAAAACACUGCCACAAACCCCCCAGGACUCACGGGGAUGAACUUCUCAUCAUCCUCCUCCUCCUCUUCCUCCAGCUCACCAAGUAACGAAAACUCAUCGAACAACUCCUGAAUCUUAAUCCAACCCUCUAUCCCUGGGGCCCUCUCCAUUGUCCUCCCCCCUCCCCAGCCAAGGAAAGGGGCUUCCAGAGCAGGGUGAGGGGAGGGUAGUGAGGGGGGAGCAGAGCCCCCAGAAUUCCCUCUUGAGUUCUGAAGACACAGAGACUCUGGGUCCUUCAGAGACGAGAAGCCUCAGGUUCUGUGAUGGGGGGGAAAGAGCUCUGUAUUAAUAAAAACACCCGUUUGCCACGUGGACUUGUAACUAUUGCAGUGAGAGGCCGCUGCGCCCCGCGGGUGGGGAACCCGAGGUGCUGGGCUAGUGGCUGUGGUUCCGAGCAGAAAGGUUGUUUGUAUGGUUGUGAAUUUGAGAUUCCUUUCUUUAUCUCUUUUGCUCCUCCUCCCCCCCUGGAUGCUCUCUCUUCUGCUUUGGAGGUUGAAGCCUUUCAAACGGAAGCGUAGCGAUGCUGCCUCCCUCCCUGACCUCCAGCUGGGGAGGGCCGAUAGCGCUCACUGAAAAAAUGAACUCAAGACAGACCCCGUGACCCUUCCCUGCCCGUCUCAAGUCCCCUUUAUUUUUCUUUAUAACCUCCCCCUUCUGAUACUCAACACUGAAAGGGUUUUUAUAAUUUUAAAUUAUUACUGCUGUUAAAUAAAUGGACGUUUCAGCUCAACGAGACGUUAUGCAUGAUUUUGAGGAAAAGGACAGGGUAAGCCCUCCGGAGGCUGCUGCGUGGAGCUGCCCUGCUUCACUGCGAGGCCCCCGGGCUUGUCCGAGCCCUCCUGCGUGCCGAGCCCAGGCCUGCUCUCAGCUCCGGGCACCAGACUCCAUCGUGACCAGCACCCCUACGCGCCCUGCCAGCCUGCCGAUCGCAGAGUGGUUGGCUGCAGGGCUGCAGCUGAAAGCAUCCCGGCCUGGUCUUUUGUAUUUUUUACACCUUCUCCCUGUUGCAGUCUGGCCCUUCUCAGCCUGAGCGGACUUUUCCACUGUGUCAACAUCAGGACUGGGCGUGCAUCAGAGGAAGGACCAGCCAAAUAUCAUUGUGAUUGAAUAAUAUACAGGAAAAACAACAUUUUGGAGAAAAAUGUAUUUCAAAACUACUUAAAAUACAGCUGAUUAAAAAAG